UCAAAUCGUUCCAUUACCGUCAGCGCGUAAUUCAAAAAUAUCGACAACGCAAAACUCACUUCACACUUCAAACUUCAUAAACUUAUAGAUUAAUCAAAAACUUCUAAUAAAAAAGAUCAGAUGGCAAUUAACGUUUGUUUUUAAAGUAAUUAAGCAGCAGAGACUUCUAUUGACUUGGAAAUUUACUAUAAAAAUAACGUAACCUCACAACAAUAUAUCAGACGAAAUUUAUGUUCCAAAUCCAAAUCCACUUGUCAAUUUAUCAUAUGGCUCAUAUGACGUUAUCCAAAUAAGUGUAGAUGGAAUUUAUCACAUAAAACAAUAGAUAAUAAUUACAGACAAUUAAAGUCUGAACUGGUCAAUAUGAGUAAUAAUAAUAUUAGAUAAAUAUAUUAAUAUAAUGAAAUAUUAUAAAAAUAAUUUAAUAAUGUUGCCUUAAUAAUAAACAAAUCUAUUUAUAAAUAUUUAUUUUUGUGUUUACAACAAUACCAUUGGCUUUAAUAAUUACUAGUAAACUAAAUAACUCUUCAAGAUGAUGCAACAAUAUAUGAAAGAGCUUGAGCAGGAGCCGUUCGAUUCCGAGGAAUUUGUUGAACGCUUGGCUUGGAGAACAGUUAACGACUCUAUGGUAGACGGACCAGGUGUUUUUGACCCAGUUUCAGUCCACGAGACCUUUCUCCAUGCCAUCAAAGACCUCCAGAUCCUAGAGGAACGUCAGCAGAAAAAGUGCGAGAAGCUGGAGCUGGCGCUAAAAGAUGAGGAGACGCGGCAUGCCUAUGAAAUUAUCGAGAUGCAAGGAAAGAAUAAAAAAGCCAUUGAUUUAUUUCAUCAGCUCGACGAGCGGAUAAAUUUUGUUGCUACCAAAGUUAUUCAUCUUGGCGAUCAACUUGAGAACGUCAACACUCCAAGAGCACGUGCAGUUGAAGCACAAAAAUUAAUGAAACAUUUUAGCGAAUUUUUAAGUCCUGGUCCUCUCACUGAUCCUAUUUUUACUGAUAAAUCUACAUUAGACGUCGCUGCAGACGUGAUACAAAAACUGCAUCUGAUAUCACAAGAACUGCCAUCAGACAAGUUCGAUCAAGCGAAAGCUAAAAUAGCAGCCAAGUAUGACGAGAUAGAGCGAAGUUUGAUCGAAGAAUUCGUUCGUGCUCACAACAGCGACGAUGCUGAGAGGAUGAAAGAACUUGCAUCUGUAUUGGAGCACUUUAAAGGUUACUCACAGUGUGUUGAUGCAUUUAUUGAGCAAAGUCAAAUGGGUUCGUUUGGCGGGAAAGAUGUAUUCCAGGAUGUCAUACCAAUGUGUACAAAAAAUUACAAACUUAUGCAGCAAGUAUUUACAAAUCCCCAGCAAGUUAUGGCCAAGUUCGUUCUUAAUAUCUAUCAUUUGAGAUUACAAAAAUAUACGGUAGCUAAACUAGCUGAUAGAUCUGACAAUGACAAGUAUUUAAGUAACUUGUAUGAUUUGUAUUGCAAGACUAUUAAACUGUCAACUGACUUGAAGCAAUUUGACAUGGGUACUGACGAGGCCUACUUGACUAAACUUACCCGUAAUAUUUUUCAAAAACACCUCGAUACUUAUAUCAGCCUUGAGUUGAAGGCCCUGAGAGAAAAAUCCACGAGCUUCUUGGUCGAAUACUACGACUCUAAGAAUCAUCAGAAGAAACAAAUACAGACAGGAGGCUUUCAAGAGCUCAGACGUGAUCUCCAGGCAGUAAUCAGGACAAGGACAAAUAUAAAUAUCGCUCAGAUAGAAGAUUACGGCGGAGAAACUUUUCUGUCAGAGGAGCUGGCGAUAGCUCUACUUCAACGGAGUAAAUUAGCGUUUCAACGAUGUCAGGCGUUAUCCCAACCAGCAGACUUGCCUUCAAACGCACUUCAAAUUCUGGAGAUUCUCCUGCAGCACUUGAUGAAUGAGCACGUAGACUACGCGUUGGAACUGGGACUACAAAGUGUACCAAUCCCCGAAAGCAGGACUCCUCCAGACAUACAUUUCUUCAAUAUCGCACGACAGUGCAAUGUUAUCGUGCGGUUGCUUGAAGAACAAUUCAACGACAGUCUCGUGCCUCUUGUCAUAUCAACUCCAAAACACGGAGAUUGUUUAGCUCGACAAAAAUCAGUACUAGUACAAAUAGAAUUGAAGUUGGACACAGGAUUGGACCGCAGCAUCAACGCGAUCGUGGGCUGGGUUAGAUUAUACCUGCAAAGUGAGCAACGGAAAACAGACUUCAAGCCUGAGACUGAUGACGUUGACACAAUCAAUACAUCAGCAUGCUUAGCAGUGUGUCAGUAUGUCACAGGAAUGAUUCGCCACAUCAGGGACACUCUCGACGGAAAGAAUGCAGAAAAUGUACUGACUGAACUCGGAAUACGUUUCCACCGGGUGAUUUACGAGCAUCUCCAACAGUUUCAGUUCAACUCUGCCGGCGCCAUGUGCGCGAUUUGCGACAUGAAUGAGUACAGAAAGUGUGUUAAGGAACUAGGAGUUGGUAUUGUUAUCUCAUUGUUCGAUACUCUGCACGCCUUGUGUAAUCUCCUGCUUGUCAAACCUGCGAACUUGAAGCAAGUCUGCACCGAUGACCAAUUGGCCAUGCUGGACCGUUCAACCCUCAUGAGCUUCAUUCAGCUGAGAUCGGACUACAAAACUCAAAAAUUAGCGAACUUACUAAAAGGUCUUGCGACGACAUAACACUUUUAAAAACUAAAUUAUAAAUUAAAAUUAUUGGAAAGGAAAAUUAUAAAUAUAUAUAUAUAUGUGGGAAGUUGACAAAUUAAAAUUGUUUAUAUAAUAAACCAAAAUG